AUGUGCGAGGCGCCCUCGAGCUCCGCCUUCGUGGCGGAGGCCGUCGCCAGCGCCUCGUCGCAACGAAACGGCGACAAGGACGGCAGCGGCGCCGCCGCGUCGAGCGCCGCGCCUGCCGUCGACGUCGAGCAGGAGAGUGCGUACCUCCUGAAUGACGGGCGGGUGGGUAUGGCUCUCAUCGGCGGCUCCAUCACGCUGCUCGCCCUCAUCGACGCCGCGCUCGUCGCCUGGCUCCCCUCCGCCGCCUGCGUGCGGCUCGGCGCCGUCGAGUCGAACGCCGUCUUGCUCGCCUUCACGGUGCAAACGGGCUCCGCGCUGGAGCAGCUGACGCGCAGGCCGCUGCCCUCGAUGCGCUGGACGUCUCGCUGCAUCGUUGCUGUCAAGCUCUGCGCCGCGGCGACCAACCUCGCCCUCUACCUCCUCCCGACGCCGUUUGUCGUCGACGCCGUCACGGGCCGGCCAAACUGCAUGCUGCGGUGGGGGGAGUGGGUCGUGCUCGCGGGGCUGAUGACCUUCGUGGUGGACGCGACCGACGCGACGCGCCUCCGCACGCCGCUCAUCACGGCCACCUCGCAGGCCCUCUCCACACUGUGCGGCCUGCUGCUCCCGCUCGCUGGCGGAGGCGCCGCCUGGGCGGUCACUCUGGUCGCCUCCUUCCUCCUCUUCUCGUGCAUCGUGCUGCGGCUGUUCGAGCGCGAGGCGCGGCUGCGCGCGCUGUCGGAGCAGUGCAAGGCGGACUCGUACCAGCUCGCCAAGGCGCGCCUCGCCGCGUCGCUCAUGCGCCAGUGCGUCGGCUGCUGGUCGCUGCUGGUCGCCGUCUGGUGCGGCGACGCGCUCGCGCGUCUGCUCGGCGUCGCAUCCGAGGUGGACGUCGGCUUCGUCGCCGACGCCGCGAUCGACGUGCUUGCCAAGCAGCUGUACGCCUCCGCCAUCGAGGAAGGCGCCACGGCAGCGCCGCUGCUGCACGGCCUCGAGCGCGGCCGCGAGGCGGCCGAGCGGAUGGACUUUGUGUGGCGCGGCGCCGCCGACGUCAUCGUCGUGUCGCGGCGGGUGCGCGACGGGCUCGCGCAGCUAGAGCGCGAGGCGACCGCGGCGGCGGUGGAGCGGCAGAAGGACGAGGAGGCGAACCGCUUCUCUCGGCACGAGGUGAAGAACGGCGUGCUCGCCGCGCUGUCGCAGCUCGACUCGAUCUCGGCCGAGAUGCGGCGCAAGGCCCUGGCGCGGGACGUGCUCCACGGCAACUACCUGCCGCGCACGGCGCCGUGCAAGAUCGAGCAGGCGCCCGGCCCGUUAGCGCUCGGCCUCGCCUGGCAGAUCAACGAGCGGUUCCCGCUCACCACGCACCCCUCGCCGCUCCCCGUGGUCGACAUCGACCAGCGUCUGCUCUGCCUCGUCCACCGCAACGCCCUCUCCAACGCCUGCAAGUACGGCCGCCACGGCGGCGUCGUCGCGACGGAGGCGUCGAGUCACGCACUAGUGGUCCUUGCGGGCGACCAGCUCACCAUCCGAGUCGUCAACGAGCCGGGCGAGCAGCACGAGAGCGUGCGGGGUCUGGACCCGGCGUCGGCCGCCAUCGCAUUCGCUUUCCUGGGACCCGGUGCUGACUUCUGGCUGUCGUCGGACGAGGCGAUCGCGACCGCGCGCGUCUCCAAGGGCGACGGCGGCUGGGUGAUGGCCAAGUGCGCCGAGUGCAUGCUCGGCGAGUGCUCCAUCGCCUUCCGCGAGGCGGAGACG